UUCGCUUCGCGGGAGGGAAAGCCGGCCACCUUCCCGCUGCCGCUGCCGGCGUCGGCGUCGCCGUCGGUCGCGUCUCCGCCGCCCGCAGCAGCAGGCACCGCCGCCCCCUCGCUCCUCCUCUCCGGCGAGCUCGGCGACUCCCUCGCCGCGGAAUCAGACGCUCCUCCCGCCUCCGCACGUCCGCAGGUGCAGCUACUACCUCAUCAUUGGCCGUGAUGUCGCAAUUGCAGAAGUGCUUGUGCGCCAACCGCAACUGCUUCCAUGAAGAUUGCGCUUGUUUCACAAGGGAAGGGGUCUGCUCCGAGUACUGCGAGUGCCAUGGCGACUGCAAGAACAUCUGGAAACACGAGGAGGAAGUCACAGAGGAAUUCGCUGAAUACACCAAGAGGAAAGCUGAUGAAGCUGCCGCCCAAGCUGCUGCUGCCCAAGCUGCCGCUGCCCAACCUGCUGCUGACCAAGCUGCCGCUGCCCAAGCUGCUGCUGCCCAAGCUGCCGCUGCCCAACCUGCUGCUGACCAAGCUGCCGCUGCCCAAGCUGCUGCUGCCCAAGCUGCCGCUGCCCAAGCUGCCGCUCAACCUCAACCUAAGCCAUUGCCAGCACAAGAACCAGAGUCGAAGGGUGAAGCCAGGAAUAACUCCCCAUCGGCAGUCAAAAUGAAUUGGUGCAGCUGCAGGACGAGCGGAUGUCGCAUCCACCGCUGCCCUUGCUUCAUGCACAACGCCUGGUGCUCCUCAAAAUGCAACUGCGCGGCCACAGUGUGUGUUAAUCGCAGUGGGGCCAAAGGGGCUCUUGCUGAGAAGCUGCAGCACCGCGGGAUUAAAAGAGAGGUUCUUGCUUCAGGUUCUGUAACGAGCACGGCGACUGCAGGAGCGGUGCUGGCCAAUGAGGGUGGUAAGGGGUGCACGUGCGUGUUAAGCAAAUGCACAAACAAGAAGUGUGGUUGCCUGAAUCGCGGGGCCAGGUGCACCUUAAAAUGCAGUUGCCAAGGGUGCGAAAAUGGAAAAGGGACCGGAGGGGCUGAUAAAUCCAAUGCUGGAGCAGGAGGUACGGGUGGCACAAGUGACACCAGAGGCUCAGGUCCCAACAAGCAAAUAAGAAUCGCGUGAUGACAGUAGGCUUGAGACAUACCAGAGCAUGAUGCAACAAGUCACCUUACUUACUUACCAUCUCCUUGUAAUGAUUACUCGAAGCAAGCACGGCGAGAACUCCAUGAUCUGCGAUGUCGUUAGCCUCAGCCUCAGGGGGCUCUUGAUCAGAUAUACUGAUGGAUACUUGAUACUCCCUCUGUAACAUUUUAUAAGACGUUUUGAGUCAGUCCAUGGCAGUGUCAAAAAACGUCUUAUAUCAUGUCACCGAGGGAGUACAUAUAUACUCCUGUAAGAAUAGUUGCCCUCCCUCAUCGGUUGCCGUCCAUACUCGUUCUUAUGCAUACAAUACAUACUUGCUGCAAAUGAUUUCUCUCUUAUAAACUUUAGGGUUAAUUCUGGUGGUGUUUGAAAAUUGAAACCCAAACUAGUGCUAGUAUGCAUGG